GCCGGUGGUAGAGCAGCGUGUUGUGUUGUUCUGCGGGCGGGGUAUCGUGAAAACUUGAUAGUCAGAGACAACUAAUCUUUGCAAAAAUGACUGACACUAAGGGAAAGGUGAUCACAUGCAAGGCUGCUGUGGCAUGGUCAGCCAAGGAGAAGCUCUCUUUGGAGACCAUAGAGGUUGCCCCACCGAAGGCUGGGGAGGUCAGAAUUAAGGUGCUGGCCACGGGCGUCUGCCACACGGACGCCUACACGCUGGACGGCCACGACCCGGAGGGCCUGUUCCCCUGCAUCCUCGGUCACGAGGGAGGCGGCCUGGUGGAGAGCGUCGGCGAUGGCGUCACACAUGUGGCACCCGGCGACCACGUGGUACCGCUGUACAUCCCCCAGUGCUACGAGUGCAAGUUCUGCAAGUCGCCGAAGACCAACCUGUGCAGUAAGAUCCGCAGCACUCAGGGCGCCGGCGUGAUGCCGGACGGCACGUCCCGCUUCACCUGCAAGGGCAAGUCCCUGUUCCACUUCAUGGGCUGCUCCAGCUUCUCCGAGUACACCGUAGUGGCCGGCGUGUCGGUCUGUAAGGUGGACCCGGCGGCGCCGCUGGACAAGGUGUGCCUGCUGGGCUGCGGCAUCUCCACCGGCUACGGCGCCGCGCUCAACACGGCCAACGUCGAGGCCGGCAGCACGGUGGCCAUCUGGGGCCUGGGCGCCGUCGGCCUGGCCGUCGCCAUGGGCUGCCGGGAACGCGGCGCCGCGCGCAUCAUCGGCGUCGACAUCAACCCGGACAAGUUCGAGCCGAGCAAGGCGUUCGGCGUGACCGAGUUCGUCAACCCCAAGGAGCACGAGCGUCCCAUCCAGCAGGUGCUGGCCGAGCUGACCGACGGCGGGCUGGACUACACCUUCGAGUGCAUCGGCAACAUUCACACCAUGCGCGCCGCUCUCGAGUCAUGCCACAAGGGCUGGGGCGUGUCGACCAUCAUCGGCGUGGCCGGCAGCGGCCAGGAGAUCUCGACGCGCCCCUUCCAGCUGGUGACCGGCCGCGUCUGGAAGGGCACGGCCUUCGGCGGCUGGAAGUCGCGCGACGCCGUGCCCCAGCUGGUGCAGAAGUACAUGCAGAAGAAGCUGAUGGUGGAUGAGUUCGUCACGUUCAACUUCCCGCUGACCGAGAUCAACGAGGCGUUCAAGAUGAUGCACGAGGGCAAGGCCAUGCGCUCGGUGGUGCAGCUGUAGGCGCCGCGCCGCCGCCCGCCGAGAGGAGCUUGAGGCAGCGGUGGUCGGCACGCUGCCGCCCCGUCGUCUCGCCGCCAGGUGCCGGUGUGGAUGAUGAUCGUUUCUCCAGGCGGCGGCGCUUCGCCGUCGUCGACCGUUGUGUUUGGAGGGCUGCCUGGUCGUUCAGGUCAGGCGUGGCCGCUCACUGCCACGCGUUGUAACGCGGACGGCUGUCGUUUCGCGGUGCUUGUGCCAAGGCUUUGAUAGAGAACUUUAUGAAUACAUUUAUCGGGUCACUCUCCA